AUGCGGCAUCGACCAGACAUUAGUGACCCACGGGCGCUGUUCGCUAGCAUCUACAAGGGAUUCAACGACGCACUACCACAAGACAUCCAAAAAGACUUCGUCGGAAUCAAGGAUCCCGCACUUGCGCUUGAGAGAUUCAAUCGACUGGUCAAAGACAGCGAGUCUAGUUCAGUCAAAACCAGGCGCGCCAUGAAAGUAACUGCGAAGCUUGCCGAUAAAACGGGCCCGUACUUUGAAGUUGUCAACAUCUAUAUACAGAGCCAUCCUGAAUACGCUGCCUUGGUAUGGGCAAUCAUGGCUCUCGAAUUCUACAGCAAAUGGGAGGCUCAUAUGUCGAAGGUGCAUGCACGUUUGGAUCAGGUGCAAAACCAGCAGCGGUCGCAGGGCAAGAGAAAUGACAAUGACAAGACUUUGAUGAGUGUGUAG